AUGGUCAAGUAUGUGACGCUGCGAAUGGUCAUCGCCAUUACCAAGCACUUUGGAUGGCCCCUCGACCAGCUCGAUGUGGUGACUGCGUUCCUGUAUGGAGUGAUGAAGGAGAAGGUGUUCUGCGCUGUUCCGGAAGGCGUCAAGAUGGAAGGUGAUUUCGACUGUCUCGAGCUGAUCAAGGUGAUCUACGGUCUCAAGCAAGCCUCGCGUGUUUGGAACGAGACCUUCGACGAGUUCAUACGCUCGAUUGGUUUUCAAGCGUCGGGAUUCGAUCCAUGUCUCUACAUCAUGACUUCGGAAGGCCAUUGUGUUUUUGUGCUGGUCUACGUGGACGAUGUCUUGGUGGCUGGAAGUUCGCUCGAGAUGAUUGCGCGCACCAAGAACGACCUCAAGACACGCUUCGAGAUGACGGACAGCGGCAAGUGUGCCUUUGUUCUUGGGAUCGAGUUAUUGGACGGUGAAGAUGGCAGCGUGACUAUGUGUCAGCGCCGUUAUGUCGACGAUGUCCUCAAGCGCUUUGGAAUGGAUGAGUGCAAGGCUGUGGCAAGUCCGGUGGACGUCAGCUCUCGACUGGUUCCGAGCAACUCUGCAAGCAAGGUGGAUGUCCCAUUCCGUGAAGCAGUGGGUGCUUUGAUGCAUCUGACGACUGCAACGCGACCGGACAUCGCCUAUGCUGUAAGCUUUGUGUCACGGUUCAUGGAGAAACCCCAAGAAGAACACUGGGUUGCAGUCAAGCGCAUCUUCCGAUACCUACAAGGCACCAAGAUGCAUGGAAUCUGCUACAAGCCAAGUGCGAAGAUCGACUUUCGUGGCUAUUCAGAUGCAGACUGGGCCGGUGACCUUGCUGAUCGCAAAUCGACGUCCGGCUACGUCUUCAUGCUAUUGGGUGCUCCGGUGAGUUGGGGCAGCAAGAAACAGCCAAGUGUGUCACUGUCUACAAGCGAAGCGGAGUACAUCGCGCUCAGCCUGGCGAUCCAAGAAGGCAAGUGGAUCAAUCGCUUGCUGUGCGAGAUCAUGGCGGCUGCAAACGAAGAAGGACCCGAGCUCGUCAUCCGUGAAGACAAUCAAUCGUGCAUCAAGAUGACGAUAAUCCUGUCAACUAUGGCCGUGCCAAGCACGUUGACAUCAAGUACCAUCAAAACCGUGAUGAAGUCAAGCGCGGCGAAGUGA